GUGCACCUUGGCUGCUGUCCCGGCCUUUCAACUCUUUGGCUGCUCGUCCUCAGCCCAGAGGACUGAAAGGGAGGAAGGCAGAGCCAGGGGUAGAGGCCCCAUCGCCAGGGUAGAGGUCCAGGGAACAUCUCCCUGGAGCCGCGCCCUGUGUCACGAGAGGACCGCCCCUUCCAGGCGCUGGGCGCGGCGCGCUCGGAGGUCCUGGCAAUUGUGGUGGCAGGAGGAGUUCCGCGGUUGUGUAAGGGCAUCUCGCGGUCCUGACCCUGGAGAGGCCUGGGCUCAACUUCCUGCAUCCCAGGGGAGCUUGGCCAUGGCUGGGCGCUGCGGGAGCCGCGGUGCGCCCGCGCUCUCGGCGCGCACGUUCCUCUUCGACCUGCCGCCCGCGCUGCUGGGCCAGCUGUGCGGGGUCCUGGACAGCUGCGAUGGCGCUCUGGGCUGGCGCGGCCUGGCGGAGCGACUUUCAGACAGCUGGCUGGAUGUUCGUCAUAUUGAAAAAUAUGUAGACCAAGGUAAAAGUGGAACAAGAGAAUUACUAUGGUCCUGGGCACAAAAAAACAAGACAAUCGGUGACCUUUUACAGAUUCUCCAAGAGAUGGGACAUCACCGAGCUAUUCAUUUAAUCACAAGCCAUGGAUCAGGCUUGAAUACUUUAGAGGCCAAUUAUCAGGAGCAUGGAUUUCCAAACGUAUCACCGAAGGUAGCAACCAGUGUUAAGGCAGAUAACGCUGUUAUUCCUGAAUAUAAUAAAAAAGGACUAUUACUAAAACCUUCCAUCAGCUUCCAAAACAUCAUAGAUGGAACAAAAAAUUUCCAUGAAGACUUCCUAAUCGGUGAAGGGGAGAUUUUUGAGGUUUACAAAGUGGAGAUUCAAAGCCAAACAUAUGCCAUUAAAUUAUUUAAACAGGAUAAGAAAAUGCAAUAUAAGAAUCAAUGGAAGAGAUUUUUAUCUGAAUUCGAAGUUUUACUUCUGUUCCAUCAUCCUCACAUACUAGAAUUGGCUACAUAUUUUAUGGAGAUGGAGAAGUUCUGUCUAGUUUAUCCAUACAUGAGAAAUGGAACACUUUUCAACCGAUUACAGUGUACAGGUAACACAGCCCCACUCUCUUGGGAGAUCCGAAUCUGCAUAUUAAUUGGCGUAUGCAAAGCCAUUGGAUAUUUGCACAACAUUCAACCAUGCUCAGUCAUCUGUGGCAGUAUAUCCAGUGCAAACAUACUUUUGGAUGAUCAGUUUCAACCCAAACUAAGUGAUUUUGCCAUGGCAUACUUCCGACCCCACCUAGAACCUCAGAGUUCUACCAUUAAUAUGACCAGGAGCAGCAGGAAAGAUCUUUGGUACAUGCCAGAAGAGUAUAUCCAGCAGGGGAAACUUUCCAUUAAAACCGAUGUCUUCAGCUUUGGAAUUGUAAUCAUGGAAGUUUUGACAGGCUGUAAAGUGGUAUUAGAUGAACCCAAACAUAUUCGUCUGCGUGAUCUCCUUAUGGAAUUGAUGGAGAAGAGAGGUCUCGAUUCAUGUCUCUCAUUUCUAGACAAGAAAAUUGAUCCCUGUCCUCAGAACUUCUCUGCCAGGCUUUUCUCUUUGGCAGGCCAGUGUGCUGCAACCCGGGCCAAGCUAAGACCUUCAAUGAAUGAAGUCCUGAAUGCUCUUGAAAGCACUCAAGCCAGCUUAUAUUUCGCAGAAGACCCUCCAACAUCACUGAAAUCCUUCAGGUGCCCUUCUCCUCUAUUCCUGGAUGAGGUACCAAGCAUUCCAGUAGAAGAUGAUGAAAGCCAGAAUAGGCAUUCAGCACCUCCUGAGAAAGAUUUGAGAAAAGAUAGAAGGACUCAAAAAAUCCCUUUUGAAUGCAGUCAAUCUGAGGUCACAUUUCUGGGCUUGGAAAGAAAGACAGGGAGCCAGAGAAGUGAAGAUGCUUGCCAUCUGCCAAGUUCUUGUGAAGAAAGCUGGUCCCCAGAGCCAGCAGCGACAUCCCCGAAUGUGGGGAUCACUGAAGUCAAUUUGGACUCUUCUUCAGCAGCAUCAGGCCUGUGGAGAGCAAGUGCUCCUCUGGAUUUCUUUUGGAAUGAAGAUGACCAGAACAAAAACACAUAAAUUUCAGCAGCAGAAGAAAGAGGAAAGCAAGGUUGACUGGGGGCAUGUGGAAGAAAGGGUAUCACGGUGGGCAGACAUGAUCUCCACGAGCAAUGCCCGGAGAAUGAUAGAUCGCAGAUUUAAAUAAUGUAGAAAAGGAAUCUGGACAGUUCCAUUCCUUACUUCCUACACUCCAAAACAGAGUGGCAUAAGCAAAUGUUUUAUUGUGGGGGGAGGGGUGGCAAUUGUCUCUGGCUGUAACCCAAGCUAAAUUAGAGCCAUUUGGAAUUAUUCAGGGUCCUGAUUCCUGACUUCAGCUAAACAAAACAAGCAAAACCCACCAAAGAGGGCUUGCUCUCUCUCUCAUAUUUACUCUGUCCUGUCAUCUUCAAGCAAGUCCUCACUAUCGCUGCUAAAGACACUCAGUUGGGUUCCAUUGUUGGAUUAACUGUUGCUUGUUUGGUAGGAACUGUGGAAUUUGUAUGUAAAUGAUUUGUUAAUAGAUGCCUCUUGGAAAGAAUUACCUUUUUACUGUUAUUAUCCUUUCAUCUUUUUCUGUUCCUCCCUAUCAAGCUUGCCUAGGUGGAAAGGAGCCAGCUUGAGCCUUGGCUAGGGUAUGCUCUCUGCAGAAAGGGAGUAUCUGUAUUUUUCUAUAUUGCUCUAUUUCUAUAUUUUAACUCUUAGGAUAGUUUAUUACCAUACAAUUUAGUUAUUGACUAUUAUUAUAGAUAUUUUGGUAACUUAGAAACCUAUCAUGUUCUGAGUGGAAUGUAUGAAAUUUU